AUGGAUCCCACUAAAGACACAUCUCCUGAGUUCCAAAGAAAAUUCAAAUGGAUCAAGAAGCUCGGAAAUGGCUCUUUUGGCGCCGUUUACCUCUUUGAGUCUCGGAUUACAAGGGAAAAAUUUGCAUGCAAGGUAGCAGUGGACCCUGGAGCGCAAGAAGCUCUCCUACGAGAGGUUGCUAUCCUCAAAAGGCUGCAUCAUGUAAGUGUCAACUUCUGUAUCCUGGCCCCUGAACUUGCUACUGACAUUAUCCAAGCCGAAUAUUAUCGAGUACGUUACCAGCCAUUUCUAUCUCAAUCAAAGACCAAACUGUUUGAUUAUGGCGUACCAUCCCCUUGGCUCGCUGGAGAAUUAUAA